GGUUGUGACAAGUGUAGAUAAGUCAGUCGUAGAUUGGGAUCGGUAGUGUUGUGAUUUUAUGAAGAGGAGAGCAUGAACGCGGAAUCGCCACGCCAUUUUCGAUCCAUCAAAACUCUUCUCGAUGAUUUUGGCUUUGCAGGCGCCAAGAUUUAAUGGACUUUAAUGGCUGCGACUUUUGGCUUCUCAUUAUUGUUCUUCUGUUCUAGUAGCCGGGGGGAGUUGUUGUUUUGAACCGUUUUUGUUUCAUGCCGGGCUAGGGUUUGCUGAGAUCCGAGUUGGAAACGUUAUUUUUUUUUUCAUCUUUUCUUUGUUUUGCGCGUUUUAAGAAAGAAAUCGGUGAAAUAUUGGCUAGAUAGUUUUCCCUUUUCAUUUUCAAGUGGAUUGGUGGAGGGAUUUGACGGUGGCGUUGAAAAGUUGAGGAGGUUUUGCUCUGGUUUUGUGGAGGAACACUGGUAAUGUUGAUCUUAAGUGUUCAUUGCUUUCGGCGGUGAAAUCGGUUUGAUCCGUGGUUUAACCGUGUGUUCUUUCCGCCUAUUCUGGCUAAAUCUGAGUUCUGGAAUCUGAAAUGGUGGUGUAUUUUGGGAUUAAUGGUUGAAAGAGUAAGUCGAUCUGUCUUGCCUCGAAGGAAGAGCGGACUGUCGUUGGCUUUGAGGCUAACUUUAAAUCUAAAGUGGUGAUUCCGGGUUUUAAACGAUGGAUGCUCCUUUUAAUAUUCUGUUGCUGAACAAAACCCUAAUCUAUUAAUAACACAUCAGAUCAUUUUAAACUCAGACUGUAAACCCUGGAAAACCUACGGAAGGCUGUCAAAGAUUUCUGCUCUGUUAUACUGCCAACAUCUUGCAGUAGCUCUUUUUUUACUUCUAUUUUUUAAAUCAGUCCAAAGAGACAAUACUCUAUUGUUAAAGAAAUUAAAAAGCAAAGAUCCAUAAAGAUAUCGCGAUUUGACUUCUGAGCUUUAUAGGGUUUCAAGUCCUGUCCGAUCUGAUUCCCUUUAGAACAUUCCAAGACAGUGAUGUUUCAGUGUAUUAUUGAAUCUCUACCGUCAGCACAGCGUGGUCCUUUCCAGUAUAGUAGAGAAAUUGUAAUGAAUGGUGAUUAACCUUUAAGAUGUUCUAAACCUUUAAAAAUACAAUGAAAUUGGUACUCAAUUAACCAUUCAUGUUUUAAGGCAUUGAGAGUUGAUAGGAAUACUGGCCGUUGUACAAGAACCUGUUUAUAGUACGGACUCCUUGAUCAUAGCAUCUGAUUCGGAAAGAACUCAGAUCCCGCUAAAUAUAGGCCAUGAUUUGCACUGCCCUUCGGCUGCCCAUUAAAUAUAGUUAAGGACAUAAGAGCAUCUUGUAUUGGCAAUAAAAGAGUCACUCAAGAUUAAAGUUGUCGAGUUCAUAAGGAAAAAGUAGGCAUUGUAAGGAAACGGAGACUGAGGAAGGAAUGGGCUCAAUGGUGAAUUUGCAGAUGACCGCUUCUACCAUAUUGCCCAGCAUGGGGGUUUUGAAUUAAAUGCCUAGCCAAGCCGAGCAGAACAAGCCCAGUCGUCGAAAUAUGAAGAAAGUGUCCUGGGCGCCAGAGACCAAUUUAUGUCAGGUUAGAUUAUUUCUUGCUGAAGAUGCACCUCUGCAGGCAGGUCAGGUUGGAGUUCAAGAUCAACUGCAAGCAAAGAAACGCUUGUUGUGGCAUCCAAUGGAAUCUGGAUUUGAUUAUGAUUUACCUCCUGGAUUUGGAAGAAGUGUUCCAUCACAGUGUACACCAGAAGAACCUUGCAUGGAGCCACAGACAGCAUGGCGAAUACCUCCCAGGUUUGUUAUCAAUCAUUCAUGGAAAGUAGCUGUUGGAGAUGACAGUGAAGAGAUUAAAACACAGUGUGAGCGUGAAGUAAGGUUUUUGGAAGCUGUAUAUCCCCGACCAUCAGCUAUUCCGCCAAGCCCUGUGGAGCCAACUGAACCUUAUGGGGAACUUGAUGAUUCUGAAACCGCUCUCAUCCCAUUGACACCUAUAGAAGAAGAGGAGGUGGGAGAUCUUGAAGAUUCCACUCCAGUGUUUAGCUCACAUGAAAGCUCGCAGUCAUCAGGGAAUAAUUCUAGUGGAGUAUCUCUAUUUGGAGGCAAUAAUAUUCAUGGACCAUUGUUGAAUUCCACUGCAAUGCAAUCAUUUGGUGACGAUUCAAACACCAGAGCUGAAGAACCAAAAAACAUACCCACAUCCCCAUCUAAUCUUACAAUUGAACCAGAUGUUGCUGCAGCAGCUAAAGCUGCUUUCUUUGCAAUAAUGAGAUCUAAUGAGGAAGGAAGUAUGAUUGAUCCAGAUUUGCUGAUUAAAAUACUUAGAAAUCCACAAAUAAUUCAAACUCUGAGUGCUCAGCCCAACAAAAAUGAUAAUACACAAAUGGAGGGAAUUCCUACCUCAUUACCAAUUAACACAAACGUUAAUGGGAAUGAAUCUACACUCAAAUUUCAACAUGAAUUAAAUCCUACAAACAUUUGUAAACCUCAAGCUACACCCUCUGUAAAUCCUGGAAUUAAUAAAAGUGGAGAAAUUCUAUCUAGUAAUAUUCAAGCACCAUUAAAUCCACCAAUCUCAGAGGCAAAAGUAUAUGUUACAACUGAAUUGGGAUCUCAGCCAUCAGAACGGUUAGAGUUCUCUAAUGCAAGGCAUAUGCCAAUGUCAUCUCCAGCUUUAGUAUCUUCAAGUAAUGGGCUUGCCACUUCACAAUUUAUGCCAAGGCCUGCAACAGUUGUUCUCCCUACAUCUUCUGCGCAAGUUGCAUGUCAGACUCCAAAGGGAGUCACAGUUACCGCUCCAAUGAUUACGGGAGGCCCAAAAUGGACAGGCACACAAAAUGAACAGUACUAUAAGAGUCUAAUUCAACAGCAUGGCGGGCCCAACAAAAAUGAUCAUGUCAAUCAAAAUGGUCUGCAAUACCGCAAAGAGCUUAUUCAUCAGCAUGGUGUACAGCAAGGUAUCGAGCGUGGUGGUCAGCUACAACCUGGGAAUCUGGGUGGGCUCUGUGGAGUAGAUAUGAAUAAAUCUAAAUUUCGAAAGCCUUGCUUGUAUUUUAACUCCCCCAAAGGAUGUCGGCGAGGUUCAAGCUGCACAUUUCUCCAUGAACUCAUUGAACGCCCUAAAAUAGACGAGAAUGAUCUCAAGAGGGCAAAGAUUGAAAUUGAAGCCUCUGGAAGGCAUUGAGAUGAACAAAUCAGGGAUAGUGGAGUAGUGUGAGACUAUGAUCUAACUCUUGUCACCUUGAAAACCCUAACCAUUUGGUCUGCUUUGGAAAACAACUGUAUAAUGGAAUCAACCAGCACUUUGAAAAAGCAAACCAGCAAGUGACAUGUUGGGUGGAUGGAAAGGCUUAAACACAAAUGGUGGGAGGGUGGGUUCCACUGUAAUUUAGAAGAUUCAGGGAUGUGAGAAAGGUGUAUCCUGUUGUAAUAUGACAGCUUGAGGAAUGUGAGAAAGGAGUACCCUAUGAAAAAGGAGUAGCCUUUUGUAAUAUGAAAGCUCGAGGGAUUUCACAUUGAAGGCGCCCGAGGUUGACCUUGUUGGAGGGUGAUUCAGUCUAUGUUUGUAAAAUCUGAGAUCCAUUGGUGGAGGUUGACUGACCAUCAAGGGAUAUCACAGAUGCCACAAUUUUGUUAUCUACUGUUCUUCAAUGGUGUUGUAUUCUCAUCUUGUAAAGCGCACAAGCCCUUAAUCUUA